CGCCUCCCACUUUAUUUUCCCAGUAGUCAACAGGAAGGCUGCAGGCCAGACAGAGUGGUCGCAGUCUACAGGAGAGGAGGGACGACCAGGUUCCAGCUGCACACUCAGAACAAAGGAGCACAGAAAAGGUGAAGGAAUGAGUAAUAACCAGCAAGAAGUGAAGAAAGUCCAGACAAUAUAUCUACAAAACUUGGAAAGACUUAACAAAGGACAAAGGUCUGAUAAAAACGGCUGGAACUCCAAAGAAGAUUUUGCUAUUCAAGCAACAAUGGAAAAGAUCCGACCUUCUCCCAUAGCAGGACAAGUUGCCAAAAGUUCAGCUAACAGAAUCAGUAGAGAUCUGACCUGCUCCAUAUGCUUGGAUCUUUUCAAACAACCUGUUUCCCUGCCAUGUGAUCACACUUUCUGUCAGGGCUGCAUUGAUGGCUACUGGACAGGGCCACGGGGCUCUGGACAGGGGGGCACAGGCUCCUGUCCUCAAUGCAGGAAGAUGUACUCAGGGAAGAGCUACCGACCCAACCGCAUCGUGGCCAACAUUGUGGAGAGCUACUGUCAUGGAUUGGAGGAGAGCAGGAGUGAAGGAUGCCUGACCGAUGGAGGAUGCGCAGAAAGGGCUCCUGCUCCUGCUCCAGCCCCACGCUGCAUAAGACACAGGGAGGAAUUGAAGCUUUACUGCGAGGAAGACCAGGAGCUGGUGUGUUUGGUGUGUGGCUUGUCUCAGGAACACAGAAAUCACACUAUGAUAUGUGUUCAGGAGGCUGAGCAGAAAUACAGGGGAUUUCUUAACAGCUCAAUGGAUUCCUUAAAAGCUGAGCUGAACACAGCGCUGCAGUGUGACAAGGAGGCUGAGGAAGAAGUCAAAAAGCUCAAGGAGCACACUGCCGAUCUGAAGCAGCGCAUUGAGGCACAGUUCAGUGACCUCCACCAGUUCCUGUACCAGGAGGAAAAGCUGCUACAGGUAAAGCUGAAGACGGAGGAGCGCAGGGAGCUGAUCCGCCUGGAUGAGCACAAGGCGCUGCUGUGUGUGGAGAUUUCUCGUCUGCAGAGGGCCGUCCAUGAGAUAGAGGACAAACUCAAAGAGCAGGACGCUUACACUCUGCUCCGUAGCAUCAAAGCCCUGCUCCAGAGACCUUCUGUCAAGUUUGAGAAACCAACCUUGACUCCACCGAGUUUAUGUGAGGGUCGCUUUGCGGGGCCUCUGCAGUACAGAGUUUGGAAAUCUAUGAAGGGCAGCCUUUACCCAGUUCCAGCAGCUAUUACGUUUAACUCCAGUACUGCCAACCCGUGGCUCAGCCUGAGUUCCUCCCUCACCUGUGUCCGAUACCAGACUUUCAACUACACUGUGAAGGACAACCCCAACAGGUUCAACGCCGCUCUGUCUCUGCUCGCAAGUCAGGGCUUCACUCACGGGCGCCACUACUGGGAGAUUGAGGUCUACAGCAGCACCGUGUGGACGGUGGGGGUAGCCCGGGAGUCGGUUCCCAGAAAAGGAGUCAUCAAGGCACUCCCAGCUAACGGAUUCUGGACUCUCACUCUCUCAUAUGGUGUUAGGUACAUGGCUGGCACAUCCCCUCCGACUGUCCUCUCCCUGGAAGAGCCACUGGCCCGGAUUGGCGUCUACCUGGAUUACAAGCGGGGCCUGGUGUCCUUUUACAAUGCAGAGAGCAUGACCCAUCUCUACACGUUCAGAGAGACCUUCACUGAGACUCUGUACCCGUACUUUAACCUCGGCUUUCUGGAUAAAGUCCAUGAAAAUGAGCCUCUCAAAGUUUUCUUACCAAAGAUCUAAACACAGAAGAGUAAGCAAGCAAGCAUGUCUAAAGUUAAACAUAAGAAAAAUGGUUUCUAAGGGUUUACAACAAUGUGCAAAGUCAUGAGCCAAAGCUUGUUUAUUCAUAUUUGUUUCCAGGAAGACUGACUUUCUUGAAAACCUUUAAAGUGCUGCUCACAUUCUUUGGGCUUUUCUCAAUUCUUUCGUUAAACUUAAGAAAUGCCAUUAAAAACAACAGUUUAUAGUAAUUCAGCAUCAGUUACAUGUAAAGUUGUUGAUCGACUAAAAGGUGAUGCACAGCUGAGUAUGAGUCAAGAUUUUUUUUUCCAGAUUUAAGAAACUUUGUGUUGAUUAGUGGUUGCUAAUUGAGCAAAUAUGGAUCAAUCAUCAAUUGUCUUAUUUGUACAUAAAAUUAAAAAAUAGAUAGCCAAAGCCUAAACGAAAAGAUCUCCAGAAUUCUGGCAAACUAAUGAUCAAAGACAAGUGUAAUAAGCAGGUUUGACUCCUUAGAACAUUAUUUAUUUAAUUCAGGUAUGGAUUUAAACUGUAUAUAUAUCAUUUGUUUUAUAUUAUAAAAAACAAAAGCUUUGCAAUUUCCAUUGUGUAUCCAAAAAAUACAGUUAGUCAUAUAUGGUGUAUCCUAAGUAGCAUUUUGGGAAACAUAUGGUUUAGUGUAUACUUUAUAUCGGUGGCAUGCACUUGCGACCCAACUGUUGAAAAAUGCUAGCUAUUGGAAGCCAUCUUGGAAAACCAAGAAUGGAUGCUUAAAGUGCCAGUUUGGAAACCAACGCCUGGGCUGAAUUGCCCUCUUGGAAGCCAAAACAGUGCUAAACUGCACCCUCGAGAGCUAAAGCACCCUCUUGGAGUUAGAAACACAUACAAAAUUGCCCACUUGAGAGCUAAUAUCUGUGUUUAAGCACUCCCUUGGAAGCCAAAACAAGUGCUAAAGUCUGUUCUCAGAAGCCUAAAUGUGAUCUAAAGUGACCUCUCGAGCACAAAAAUGUCUGCUAAAGUGCCUUCUUGGAAGCAAAAAAACAUGGUGAAGUGUUCCCUUGGAAGCCAAAACCCGCGCUGAAGUUCCUUCUUGGGACCAAAAAUUUGUGCUAAAGUGAUUUCUCUGGAACCAAAACGCUUGCUGCCUACUUGGAAGCCAAAAUGUGUGCACUGUCGGAAUCCAAAAACGCAUGCUAAAAUGUCUUCUCAGGAGCAGAAAUGCACACUAAAUUGCUGUUUGGAAAGCACACAUGCUUAAGUGCUAAAGAGUCAAAAUGUUUGCUAAAGCAGGGCAUACGCUGCAAUUUUUUUCAAUCGUUGCAUGCAGCUACAGCUCACGCUGUACGAAAACCGCAGGGUUUCGUGGUACAGUGUGGGUUCACAGAUCACAAUGCAUGUUUGACCCGACGUUCUGAUGCGAUCUACCUGCUCACACUGUACAUCU